AUGAGGUAAUGAUAUAUAAAGUGUAGUCAUAGGAGGAGAAAGGAGGUAAGCCUCAUAGAGAGCAAAGCGAGUACCUGAGUGGAGAAAGACGCAGCCUCAUCAGCUCGCUGUGUUUAGUGCCUGAGUGAUCGCGGGAAGUGUUCCGAGGAAUUGCGCUCUGAGCUUCGGAUUCCGGCACAGAGCAUGUGCGGACUCGAGCUGAAGUGUGUUUCAGCCUGGGUAUCUUUUGUUUCCCCUGGAAAACUUUGCCUAAGAUUCCCCGUUCAAAGCUGUUUCCCCAAGUUGCCAAGAGUAGCGGCUUGCUUCACACGCACGCAAUCUAAACACCCACACCACUUUCGCCACCCACAUCCAUUCACGCACCUCUCCCGUUGUUGUCAGGUUUAUGAGGACUGUAAGAUGGUGACUCUUAAUGCCCCUUAUGUGGCUGGUUUCUUGGGCUUCAGAGAGGCACCCCCUCUGCUACAGGCCCUGGAGAGACUGAAGAGUGAACAGCCAAAUCUAAUGCCACAGGUGCUGUUUGUAGAUGGGAAUGGACUCUUCCACUAUCGGGAGUUUGGUUUGGCCUGUCAUCUUGGUGUUCUGUUGGAGCUGCCUUGUGUGGGUGUGGCCAAGAACCUUCUGUAUGUAGAGGGAGUGGUGAGAAGUGAGGGGCACCAAUCACAGGUGGGAGAGAGCAGUGCGUAUUGUAGAUGCAAUGGCAUCAUCAGUGGAGCGGUUGUUGCGAUCAACACUCUGCAGAAGAGUGGGGAUAGUUUUCCUCUGGCCACAGCCUCAGGGAAAGUUCUAGGCAAGGCUCUCCGCAGUUCCCAAAGAAGCACCAAACCUGUGUAUGUUUCGGUGGGACAUCGAAUCAGUCUGGAUACAGCAGUCAAACUCACGCACACCUGCUGCCUUUACAGAGUACCUGAACCAAUACGACAGGAACUGAACGAGGAGCAUCAAUUAGAUUGUGAAAACAGCUCACCUUUCCAAGCAGAUCUACUGAGCAACAAGGUGCUCAUACCCCUAAAUAUUCUGCGUAUAUGUGUGUGUGUGUAUAUGUGUGUGUGUUCAGAUUAUACAUUGGUAUAAAUAACUUAAUAAUUGUUAGUAAUAAAUCAUUUUAUAAUAAUGGCAUUUUGUCAUUUUCUUCUGGAAAUAAACAUUUCUAAAUAUCUUCAGUUGGAAAUAUUUAAGUUCAACCCUUGUGCCUGAUUGAUGUUUCUGUAUGUGUGUGUUCAUUUUGAAGGUGCUUGUUAAUCUUACUGUAGUGUAUGUUGUUAUACCUUUGCUGUUAGUCUAUUCUAGUCUCUUGUCUGGUCUUAAUUUUGUAAUAUAGCAUCUUGUUGAGUUUUGUUUUCAUGCUUUUAAGGAAUGUCCUGGUUCUAAAACAACAAAACCAUAAUUCAAAACCUUCAAUUCAGUUUGUAAAAAAACUAACAAAAAAAAAAAAAUGUUUACUGUAAUGCACUUUUGGAAGUCAGUGGGGCUAAACUUUAAAAUAAACAUUGCUUCAAAAGUA